ACUGCUGCACCACAAAAUAAUGCCACUGCCUUCAAAUACUUCUCCAUGGCGGCCAGCAAGGGCAAUGCAAUUGGUCUUCAUGGACUUGGUCUCCUUUACUUUCAUGGAAAAGGUGUUCCUGUGAAUUAUGGUGAAGCACUUAAAUACUUCCAGAAAGCUGCAGAGAAGGGAUGGCCUAAUGCACAGUUCCAGCUAGGCUUCAUGUACUACUCUGGCUUUGGAGUAUGGAAGGAUUAUAAACUUGCCUUCAAAUAUUUUUACUUGGCCUCUCAGAGUGGGCAGCCUCUCGCCAUUUAUUACCUAGCCGAGAUGUACGCCACUGGAACAGGGGUGCUGAGAUCAUGCAGAACGGCGGUGGAGCUGUAUAAAGGUGUCUGUGAGCUAGGCCACUGGGCUGAGAAAUUCCUGACAGCCUACUUUGCCUAUAAGGAUGGCGACGUAGACUCUUCUCUUAUUCAGUAUGCACUGCUUGCAGAAAUGGGAUACGAAGUAGCUCAAAGCAAUUCAGCAUUCAUUUUGGAAUCUAAGAAGGCUAAAAUUCUGGGAAAAGAGAAGAUGUAUCCAAUGGCACUUCUGCUAUGGAACCGAGCCGCCAUUCAAGGGAAUGCUUUCGCGAGAGUGAAAAUUGGAGAUUACCAUUACUAUGGUUAUGGGACUAAGAAAGACUAUGAAACGGCAGCCACACACUACAGCAUCGCAGCAGACAAGCAUCACAGUGCACAAGCCAUGUUCAAUCUGGCCUACAUGUAUGAACAUGGCUUGGGUAUUGCGAAGGACAUUCACCUGGCCAGAAGAUUGUAUGACAUGGCUGCUCAGACAAGCCCAGAUGCUCACAUUCCUGUGUUCUUUGCCCUUAUGUAACUGGAAACUAUGCAUUUGCUCCGAGAUAUUCUGUUUUUUAAUGUAAGUUUGUCUCAAAUAGAUUUUGAAUAAGACACUCUGGGACAAAGUGAUGAGGCUUACCAAGGGAGUCUUUUUUUUUUUUUUAGUUAACUUUUCUUUGGUAAG